CUGCCCAUGAUGGGAGGUGCUUUCAUGGACUCACCCAAUGAGGACUUCAGUACUGAGUACUCCCUCUUUAAUUCUUCCACCAAUGUCCACGCAGCCUCCAGCGGCCAGCCAGAGGAGCCCCCACGGUCCUCCAACGACGCUGUCCUGCUCUGGAUUGCCAUCAUAGCAACACUGGGGAACAUUGUGGUGGUGGGGGUGGUGUACGCCUUCACCUUCUGA